CAAUAAGUCGGUGCGCCUGCCUAUACUCUGUAAUAGCUGAAUAUUUUACUACAGCGAGAGAGAGAGAGAGAGAGAGAGAGAGAAAGAAAGAAAGAAAGAAAGAAAGAAAAAAAAUGCUCCUGUUUUGCCCCACAUGUGGAAAUGUGUUAGUUGUAGAAGAAGGUCAGAGAUGUUACAGAUUCGCCUGCAACACAUGUCCUUACGUUCACAACAUUACAAGGAAGGUCAACAACAGAAAGUAUCCCAAACUGAAAGAGGUGGAUGAUGUUCUUGGUGGAUCAGCUGCCUGGGAGAACGUGGAUUCCACUGCAGAAACGUGUCCGAAGUGUGAACACCCACGGGCGUAUUUCAUGCAAAUACAGACCAGAUCUGCUGAUGAGCCCAUGACUACAUUCUACAAGUGCUGCAGUCAGCAGUGUGGCCAUCGCUGGAGAGAUUGAAACUGUCCCAGUGCAUCCCGUGUCCCAGCCCUGCUCCUGAGUUCACUCUUAUUGAGCUGGAGCUGUGUGUGUGUGUGUGUGAGAAACACUUGAGUGUGCAGGACAGGGAAAGCUGUGCUAUAGCCUGAUCAGAGAGACACUUUACUCUGUGAAGAACACACCAUAAUCUCUUUCUCCAGAACCUUCUCUAGUUUCUAUCUGAAACCUGCUGAGGUGAAGGCUGAUGUUCUGAGUAUAAAAUGUCAUUAUUUUCUUUAUCUUACAGUAAUUGAGCUUAACUGUCUUUAAUAUUUCUUUUUUUUUUUUUUUUUUAACACACACAUCCAACUCUUUCUUCCCAGUUGAUUUGAUUCAGGCUGUCAGGACCGAUAUGUCUUCAACAGCUUAUUUAAUAAACCACUGCAAUAACACCA